AUGACUGAAGCUGAACCUCUGUUCUCUGAAACUCCCUUGGACCAACUGCAUAUAGGAUCCAAAAAGAGGAAGUUGAAGUCUGAUGAAAUUUCAAGCGACAAUGAUCAAAAUAACAAUGUGUUGAGCAAGAUUUUUAAUGUCAAUGAACAGGCGAUUAUAGUGCCUUCUGUUUCACCAAAGCUAUCGUACACACCUUUGAAAACAGGGUUUUGCUACGACGUUAGGAUGCGAUAUCAUGCCAAACUAUUCACUUCUUACUACGAAUAUAUUGAUCCACAUCCUGAGGAUCCAAGAAGAAUAUAUCGUAUAUAUAAAAUAUUGGUGGAAAAUGGAUUGAUCAAUGAUCCUUCUUUAUCUGGUAACUCAGAUGAUUUUGGCGAGUUGAUGGUCAAGAUUCCUGUAAGAGAGGCUACAGCUGAAGAAAUUUUAUUGGUUCAUUCUUCAGAUCUUUUCAAAUUUCUUGAAUCGACACAGAAAAUGUCCAAAAAGGACUUAUUGAAAGAAACAGAAAAAGGAGACUCGAUUUAUUUUAAUCAUGAUUCCUUCACAUGUGCCAAACUAUCUUGUGGUGGAGUUAUCGAGGCAUGCAAAGCAGUGGUUGAAGGAAAAGUCAAAAAUGCCUUUGCAAUCGUAAGACCCCCUGGGCACCACGCCGAACCCAACUCGCCAGGUGGAUUUUGUCUUUUUUCUAAUGUUGGUGUAGCAGCCAAAAAUAUAUUGAGAAAUUAUCCUGAAUCAGUGAGGAAAAUUGCAAUUGUUGACUGGGAUGUUCAUCAUGGUAAUGGCACUCAAAAAUGUUUUUAUGACAACCCAAAUGUUUUAUACAUUUCGAUUCAUAGGUAUGAAUCUGGCAAGUACUAUCCCGGAACAAAAGCUGGAGAUUACGAUCAGUGUGGUGAAGGAUUAGGUGAAGGGUUCAAUGUUAACAUACCUUGGCCAAUCACUGGAAUGAAAGAUGCCGAUUAUAUCUAUGCAUUCAACAAGGUGGUGCUACCGAUUUUGUUUGAAUUCAAUCCUGAUUUAAUUAUAAUAUCGUCUGGUUUUGAUGCAGCUGAUGGUGAUUUAAUUGGUCAGUGCCAUGUCUCUCCUGGAUGUUAUGGACAUAUGACAGAUUUUUUGAAAACGUUAGCCAAGGGAAAUCUCUGUGUUGCCCUUGAAGGCGGCUAUAAUUUAAACAGUAUAAGUAUCAGUGCGUUAGCAGUAACAAAGGCUUUGAUUGGCGAGCCUCCUGAUCUUUUGCAAAGUACAAUUCCAUGUGUGGAAGCAAUCGAAACUAUUUAUAAAGUUCUGAAACAACAAUCAAAAUAUUGGAAGUGCAUGAGAGCUGGGUUUGGCUUGAUUAAUGAUAUCACGAAAUUGGUACCAAAAAUCAAUUCGCAUCAUGCUCAAUCAAUUUAUUCCAAUUUACAAGAUGCAGUUAGAACACAUCAAGCUAAUGAAUUACAUGAAAAGUAUGGAUUAAUUAAUUUGCCGAUAUUAUUUAAUGAUUUAGGCGAAAAUAAGACUGUCUCAAGCUCAACAACAUAUCAUGUUUUAUCCAAUACCCAAUUUGAUGACCAAAUUCUCUCUACUGUUGAUAUAUAUAAAGAAGAGACUAUUGUUAUGGUAGUCCAUGAUCCAGCAGAAGUGUGGGGAUACAUUGAGCCCAAAUUUGGAAAUAUUGAAUUAUCAUCAUCUGUGAUUGUUAAUCCAUUGAAUAAAUUAUAUAAUUGGAUUGUGACAGAGAAAAAAUAUGGACUAAUUGACGUUUGUAUACCAACAUCAACUAUUUUUUUACAAUCAAGUAAUGGUUUAAAUAAUACCAACAAAAAUGAACAAUAUAGUAAUGUAUUGUAUUCUCAAGAGCUAAUGUUAUAUAUCUGGGACAAUUAUUUGAAAUUUUUCAAAAACUUGAAAAACCUAGUGUUUUUUGGAAUUGGAGAAUCGUAUGCUGGUAUUGUGCAUUUGUUAGGACACAGAUUAGUAGUAAAUACAUCAUUUAAUAACGAUGUUAAACCUAAUAACUAUAGAAAGAACUCGACUAACAAUAUACGAACAAUAAUACCGAUUUUGGACGAAACAUUGGUUGAUUGGUUUUACAGAAAUUCGCUAAUUUUCACGUCAAAUAAGCAUCCAGUAUUUGAUGGUGAUAACGAUUCAAAUGGCAAUGGGCAUCACCAUUUUGGAACAGGCCACAGUAAUAGAAAGCUUCGGAAAAAAUUUGGUAGAGUGAUUAAAAGUGAGCACAGUGAUAACAUAACUGAUGUGUUUAAUGAGAACUGUGAGGAAGCUAUUGAUUUUGCGUUGGAGACAAUAGAAGAUUACUAUAGCAGCGAAGAUGGUUCUGGUUAUACCUCUUCAUCCAGUGGAUUCAAGGAUAAUUAA